AUGAGACCAGGCCGGCCUUUUAAAAAGAAGAAAAGAUUUCCGGCACAAUGGCAGCAAAAGCCAUCGGCGCGGUCUCCUAGCAACGCCAGGAAGAUUGAUGACGCCUCCCGCUUCGAUUUUGCACUCCCGCCUAUUAAGAUGCCAUCAUCGAAGCCAAAUAUGACUGGUUGUGGUCUCGCCACACAGGAGCUGCGACGUACCAUCAUGCAACUUACCGGAGGAGACACAGGAACUGAUGAAGCGUUGAAGGGAUUGUCUCACUCAGGACUUGGCUCUCUCCCUGACACUUGUGUGGAUAACAUUACACUGGGCACCGACGGUGAAACUUGGACGGUGGCACAUUUGAAACGGAAUGCAUCUCCGGUCAUGUCGUUUGAGCACGACACAGUUCAUCUGGAGGAAACAGCCAGGCGACAGGGGGAACUUGUUGUGAAUGACACGCCAUGGUAUUUUCCGCCGCUAAAGAUUUCUCUGCUGCGACAGCGCUGCUGUUAUCCAGAUGAUAAUGUCCUAUUUCCUCGUCCCACCUUGAAGCAGUUCUCCACCCUCUCUAACUGCAGCGACGCCACCAUUUCUUUGAAUUCCUCCUCUACGAGCAACGACGGGGAGGAAAUGGUGGAAAGGGACGGGGUGUCAGACGAUGCCGAAGAUGUGAAAUGGAAGCCAAGUUCUCGUGUAAUGCACAGGAAUAAAAAAAGGAAACCGCUUACACGUUCCCGUCCUUUCAAUGGUGCCUCGUUAGGCGUCAAUAAAAAAAUCAUAACGCGUGAUGAUGCAGAAACGUCUCGUUGUCGUCGUUUGCGGGAAAGGCGUUUUAUGAACAGCAUCCAUCAGUGGUGUGACAAGGUGAUGCUUGUUCCGGAAGGUGAGAGAAUUUCCAACGAUCCCGUGGCGCAACAUGAAAUGUGCAUGGUGGCUGUCCGCAAGGAAGAAGAAGCCCUGCAGUUUGUAAUGCAGCUGGAAAGACACCAGGCCAUACAAGACCGCGAGCGUCGCCGACAGGCUCGCGAAAGAGAAGCGAGACAAAAAAGGUGUGGUUUGUUUUCAACGCUAAAAGACGCCACGCGGCAGAAUAAUUGGCGACGUCUCCUGAGCUCGUGGAGUGAACAAGAGGAAGAGAAAAAAGAUGGUCAUGAGGACGAAAAUAAGGCGAUACUUCGAGGAACGGAGGAAAGACUUCUUGUUGCGGUGCCGCCACGACUAAUGAUACAAGGAACGGACACUUCUCUUACGCGCGGUACAAACUUAGUUUACCCCUUGUUGGGAACAACACCCAGCGUUGCAAUACCCAUGCACAGGAAUCGUGACAAAAGGGCCAGUUGCAGUCCUGUAGGAGAAAUGCAACGUCUUUUGGAGGUUAUUUCGAGGCACUCGGCCGGCACGUUGACACGAGUCAAGUCCAGCGCCACCUUUUCCCAAAAUAGCACCUUGUACACGCCGAUCCCAUCCCGAGAAGGUGCUCUUUUUCCACCCCAAAGUUCCGUUUACAUGCACACCAAUUGGGUGGAGCAGAUCAUUCAUGCUGACGACCUCCCCGGACUAAAGCACCUUACACAGUGGCUGUGCGAAUGUGCGGGCUUCGUGGAGAAAACUGCGUAUUCAGCAUUUUUAAAAUCUGAGCAACAAAAUGUCACUGGAUCUGAGCCUCUUUUAAAUGUCACGGAUUUAUCUUGCGCGUCAUUUCUGCUCCCAUUGCGUUUGGUUUUUAAUGUUCAUGGUGCACUUGAGAGGGGCAUUCUCGCGGAUGCCGUUUCACUCAUUUCCACACGAUCUUUGGUUCUACAGCAUGGUAGCAAUAACUCAGCCAAAAGUCACAGGAAACCAUCACGUCAUGGUAGAAAUUGUCUGAGUGAUGCCGGUGGAAUUGAAGAGGAUGAAGUAGAGGCGUUUGAUCUGCGUGAAAGACUUUUGAAAGCUGGCGAUUUUGUCGGUGAACCCCCACGUCCUUACGAGGCCCUUGUUGGCUACGCGAUGGACGUGCGUGCCAUACUGCGGCAGAGUGAAUGGCGGUCUUUAGCGAUGAAACGACUAGCAAAAGAGGAAGGGGUUGAGGUGCGGCGCCGUAUCCUUGCAAAGGUGGUGGUGACGCUUUCCAUUCAUGCCGUCAUGUCGGGGCAAAAUGCUCUAAGCUACACGACGAAACCGGAACUAAUUCAAUCUAUUAGAGUAAAGGAUGAUGGCAUGUACGGCUCCAAUUCUGGGAAUACGGACACUGUAGACGUCAAUCGCUUCGUGCGUCCUGUGAAAUCCCUACUGCUGUCAUCACCGAAGAAGAUGCCAAAUCAUGAGUUUUUAUUGGUGGCUCCAAUGCAGCGUGCCUAUUACGCAGUCGAUACGCGACAAAUGUAUUUUAUUGCCGCCUCCGCGUUGAAGGAAACCAAUGAGACAUUACUCCCCAUCCUUCAGAGCUUGCGGUUGCAGUACCGAGAUUUGAGUCAAAAGUUGAUGGAAUCGGUGAGCUCUUCCGGCGGUUUUUUAAGCACACGCCCCUUUGCGUUCUCCUUUUCAGAAAGCGAAAAAGUUACGUCACAGACCUCCGAUGUGAUCAAACUUUUUCAGUUGGAGGCGAAAUACAGUGAAAUACUGGCUACAAUUCACCGAAAUGAGUGCGCCAUCACACAUUACAAUUUGCAUGUGGAAUCUUACUGCGAGUUUCUGAGGAAAAACAAGGAGACAUGGGGAACACUGUACCUCCGCACCUUGCGUCUUGCGUAUGCCUUUUGUGUUUUAGUCUUGGAGCUGGGUGGUUUGCCGAUCCCCCCGAAGUAUCAUCCCUUUCUUGGCCCUGUGCUGCAACUUGUUGGCUGCCACGGAGGGCAAAAAGAACUGCGUUUCCGCAUUGAGGACUAUCUUCUAGAGCUUGAGGAGCGGGCUAAGCGGGUACUCAUGCCGUUGCUUUUACGGAAGGUUUCGGCGGAACAAAUGGCGGAGCUCGAUGCAGCAGCGGCAGCGGUGGAAAGCGGUCGGUGCGUCGCUACGCAAAUCAUGACGUCCCUUGCCGUACCGGAAGACGUACUAGCAGUGGAGCCCAAGCCGGUAACAAUGCCGUUGGUUUUAUUCUCCGAUGUACCUUCAAUUGCCGGCUAG